UCGUGUCCCUCGCGUACUCGUCGCGUUCAUCGUCGUGCCGUGUGCGUGUCAACAUUGUUAUUCAAGAUGGCAAGCACGGUGAAUGAGAUCGCGGCUCAGGCAAGCGAGAAUCUAACGGAGUAUCAGAAUACGACGACGGCGAGGGUGCCGUCGACGCCCGAGGGAAUGGCAAUUGCGUACGGCAGCCUCAUUAUUAUGGCAAUCCUGCCGAUUUUUUUCGGCAGUUACCGCGCUGUCAAGCACCAUAAGGAGCAGCAGCAACAAUAUAAGGCGAGCGGUGAACAACCCGAUACCAUGUCACGCAAAGAAGCUGCUAUGUUUCCUAUUAUCUCCAGUGUUACUUUAGUUGGCUUGUACAUAUUGUAUAAGGUGUUUGCAAAGGAAUAUGUCAACUUGAUAUUGGCUGCAUAUUUCUUCUUCCUUGGCAUUCUAGCUUUGUGUCAUCUCACGAGUCCACUGAUCUCAUCACUGGUACCUGCUGCCAUUCCAAAGACACAGUAUCACAUUCUAUUCACAAGGGGAAAGGAUGAUAAAGAGGAGCACAUAAUUAAUUACAAGUUUAAUCUACACGACAUUGUCUGUCUCAUAUGUUGCUCAUUUGUUGGUGCUUGGUACCUUUUGAAGAAGCACUGGAUAGCUAACAAUCUAUUCGGCAUUGCGUUUGCUAUUAAUGGAGUCGAAUUGUUACAUCUUAACAAUGUCGUGACCGGAUGCAUUUUACUCUGCGGUCUCUUGUUCUACGACGCUUUCUGGGUGUUUGGUACAGACGUGAUGGUGACAGUCGCAAAAUCCUUCGAAGUGCCUAUCAAGCUCGUCUUUCCCCAGGAUCUUUUAGAGAAGGGUUUGAGCGCCGGUAAUUUCGCCAUGCUGGGAUUGGGUGACAUCGUGUUGCCUGGUAUCUUUAUCGCGUUGCUGCUGCGAUUUGAUAACAGCCUGAGCAGGAAGACGAAUGUUUAUUUCUAUUCGACGUUUUUCGCGUACUUCAUGGGAUUGCUUGCCACUAUGAUGAUCAUGCACCUAUUUAACCACGCACAACCUGCUCUACUAUAUUUAGUGCCUGCCUGUGUAGGCACGCCGCUACUCUUAGCAUUAGUUAAGGGAGACCUCAAGGCGCUCUUCUCGUAUGAAGAUCAUCCGCAACCUGCGAAAACGGCGCAACAAUCAGAACAGGCGCAAGUAGAAGUGAAAAAAGAUAAAUAAUAUUCCAAUUUAACGCGAAGAACACGAUGAGGAAUUACAUCUUUGUCAUGUUGUAAUUCCCUCGAAAUUAUCGUGCGCGUAUAAAAAAAAAGAAAAGGAUAAUAAUUCGUGGUUCAUGCUCAAGACGUACAAUCACGCAUUGUAAAUUCAAUAGCUUGUAACUGUGUCUUGCAUGCACAUGAAUUGCGAAAAUAUCUGAUAAUGCAAACCACAAUAGUUAACGUUUACAGAUAUUAUUUUCAUCUCAAAAUUGUUUCAUUUGCAUGCAACAUCGAUACUAAGUUUUUAUCACUCAUGUAUGGUUUCAAUGGACAAUAUUUUAAGAUGAACUGAACGGUGAAGUACUGCCACCCGGGAGAUGCCAAAUGGCAAUGCAAAGAUUCAUUGUUUUGCAGCGUAGAGCAGAAUGAAAAUACUUCCAACUGUUGAUUUAUAUUCCGUAUAUAAUAUAUAUGUACUACGUCUACCUGAGUUUUGCUGUACGUUGCAGUGUUCUACAUUUUAAAAACUAUUUGAGAAUAAGUUCCAGUUCUAGUUACAUAUAAGUUUUUACCGAUAUUCCAGGAUUUUUGAUGACUUUACCACCAUGUGUGAGUGAUAAUCAUGAAUUAUACACAUAAAAAUGGUUUCACUAUCUUGUGACGUAUUAGACAAACAUAAGCAUAAGAGAAGUUAUUUCCUAUUUAAAAUUAUAAUAGAGAAUAUUAAGCAUAUAUAGUAUACUCUACAAAUAUUCAAAUCUUUAUUUAUUUGCAAAAAGUGCAUAAAUAUCUAUAAUUACAAUGAACAGGAAUUUCUAUUUGCAAAUGUGAUGUAUAUAUAGAUUAAAAUGUUCUGUUAAACUUGAUAAAACUUUUUAAGUUGUUGAAAUUAAAAGGAAAUUGUAACUUCGAUGAAUAAAAAAUUUAGUACUUA